UGUUGCGCUCAACUUGACCUCCUAGCUAGACCAAUACAUCUCCCCACCUUCAAGCAGCACUUCCAGCCAACAGGCGCUAUCAGCACACUUCAACAUCUACACGCCCCCGUUCUUCCCUCUCUCUCUCAGCCUCGCCGCCCAAUGAUGAAAUCAAUCAACAAAUGGAUCUACGGUCCCACCCCCGAAGAGAAAGUCAAAGCCUGGCAGGGAAAGCUGCGUACUCAAGAACGCCAGCUUGAUCGGGAAAUCCGCAAUCUGGAAGUAGCUACGCAGAAAUCUAGGAUAGAGCUCAAACAGCUUGCCAAGAAGAACGAUGUCAAGUCCGCCCGUAUCCUCGCGAGGGAAGUCGUUCGGGCCAACAAACAGCGAGAUAGGCUUGAGAGCUCGAAAGCUAGAAUCAAGAGCGUAAACAUGCAGCUUCAACAUCAAUUAUCGAUGGUUAAGGUGACGGGCGCUUUCCAAAAGAGCACGGAGAUCAUGAAGACCACAAAUGCCUUAGUGAAGCUUCCCCAGCUAAGCGCCACCAUGCGGGAAAUGAGCAUGGAGAUGAUGAAGAGCGGUAUAAUGGAAGAAAUGAUGGAAGAUACAUUGGACUCUGUCAACGACGACGAGGAACUGGAAGAAGAAGCAGACCAGGAAGUCGACAAGGUGCUUUUCGAGCUUACCGACGGCAAACUGGGCCAAGCAGGGGCCGUGGGGGCAGCGUUACCAGUGGAAGAGGAAGAAGAGAACGAAGAAGAGAUGGCGCGUAUGAGGAAGGAGAUGCAAGAGUUGUUGAGCUCGUAGUCCCCCCUCACCUGUUCUUUCUUGACGGAACGCCGGCUCCUCAGGUUUCUGAUGAUAUCGCGUUGGACACUGUUGACUGUUUUGAUGAUUGUUGGCCAUCCAUGUGUCAUGUGCAGCUUCCAGACUUUCCUGCACCUAUGCACUCCACAUACAGAUAC